AGCUGAUUGGCGGUCCCAGGCCUUGGCCAAGGAGGGAAGAGAGAGAUCCCAGGACAAACGCGCAGCAGGCCCCUGAGCAUGUGCGGAAAUGUUGUCAUCAGUUCCACAGAGAAAGACUUGGAGGAAACCAAAGAAGACAGUAAAAGUCACCAGAUCGUAUCCAACCGUCCCUUCCCUGAAUGUCUGGGAAGAAUUCAGGGGCCUCUUUCCUGUGGAUGGGGAACCAGAUCCUGGAGUGGGCCUGGGUGUGGAGGAGGGACUGCUCUGCCAGAUGGUUCAUUCUCCAGAAUUCAACCUAUUUCCUGAAUCAGUGGUGUUUGAAAGCAACUUUGUCCAGGUCAAAAAGGGCAGGAACUGGAUAGACAUCUACAAAGCCUCCAAGACCAUGGCCCUUGGGGUGACCUCCUCCGUGCCUUGCCUGCCUCUUCCCAACAUCCUCCUCAUGGCCAGUGUCAAAUGGCAGCAGGGGCAGAGCCAGACAUGGAACAGACCAUCUACGACCCCAAAGAUCAUCCUGAAGAGGAUUCUCCCAUUGAAGUUUGUGGAGCUCCAGGUCUGUGACUGCCUUCAGCGCAUCCUAAGGUUGAGGACAGUCACAGAGAAAAUCUACUACUUAAGGCUCCACCCUGACCAUCCUGAGACUGUCUUCUGCUUUUGGAUACGACUGGUUCAAAUUCUGCAGCAGGGCCUGUCCAUCACCACCAAAGACCCUAGGAUUCUUGUCACUCACUGCCUGGUAUCCAAGAACGGCUGCAAUCCCUCAGGAGACUCUAAGUUAGUACAGAAGAAACUCCAAGCCUCCCAGCCCAGUGAGAGCCUCACGCAGCUGAUGGCCAAUGAGGAGAGUGAGGCCCUCUCUCGGAUCUUUGCCGACUUGCACCAGCACAACCAGUUCAGGAGCAGCAAAAAGACAGAGACCAAAAAGGACAGCUCAGAGAAAAACAGUCCCAGUGAAGACUCCAUUCCUUGCACCCUCGACCUCAGUUGGAGGAAUUCAUUCACCUGUGGAGAGUGGGAAAGAGAGAACCCCUCUGGGCCGCAGCCCCUCUCACUUCUCAGCACUCUGGCAGCCUCUACGGGGCCACAGCUGGCCCCACUUAUAGGUACGGGCCGGGGACAAGGGUUGGGCGGGAAUCCUGUCCACGCAACACGGCGCGCUCGCGGGGACGUGGCGCUUUCCAGCCAAUCCCGACUACGUGGCUGUGGGACCAAUGGCUGUCUGGGAAAGCUAUGCGUCCGCUAUAGGUUUGUUGAUGAUUGGUUCGGAGCUGCCGGCGAGGCGGAUAGGGGCGGAGCGCGGAGCCGCUUCCGGUGGGGCGGUGCUCGUGCGCCGGAGCUGAGCCGGUGGGUGAGCGGCGGCCGCGGCACCCUGGGCUGUGGGCGCUACAAGGAAAGCUCCGGGCUCCGGGGCCUGAGCCUGCUAACGACUGCCCGGCCUCCAGCGCGCAGCCUGGAUCGGAGGCCGCCGCUCGCCUUCCGGCGCGCUCUGGAAAAGCGCCUGGGUCCCUGCGAACUCCGACUCCCGGCUUUCUGUCUUGUGUUGUACUGUUUUGUGCCUGGCUUGCCACGUCUUCUGUCCCUGGGCCCCGUCAGUCACCAAGUCCCUCGUCCUAAAGGGUCAUUCUUGUUUGCCUCCUGA